AUGAGAGCACCUCAAUUUCAACUGCCUCUGCAUCGAGUAUUAUUCCCUCGAUAUUUCCAUCCUCGAAGGCCAUUCAUUGGUAUUGACAAACCGUCAAUUAACAUUCAAACACGAACUAUCAAAUCAAUCGGAAAGACUCAAGGACGGUUGGUAAUACUUGGGUCAGGAUGGGCAGGGUAUAAACUUCUCCAAGAUAUUGACACGAAACACUAUGAAGUUGUAGUUAUUUCUCCAAGAAACUAUUUUGUAUUCACACCACUACUCGCUAGCACGUCGGUCGGCACAUUAGAGUUUAGAUGCAUUACCGAGCCGGUAAGAAGAUACUUGUCCAAUGUGAAGUUCUACCAGGCGUAUGCUGAUAGUGUUGAUUGGCUUACAAACACGAUUCACUGCACAUCAAAUCUCGAAAGGAAACGCGACAAGUUCACAGUCGAAUUCGAUAAUCUCGUCAUUGCGGUCGGCGGCAAUUCCAACACGUUUGGCAUUCCUGGUGUAGGCGACUACGCGUUGUUUCUAAAGGAUAUCUCGGAUGCGCGUAGGAUCCGCCAACGUGUAAUAGAAUGUUUUGAACAAGCUUCUCAGCCGGGCGUUACGGACGAGGAAAUCGUUGGAGCGUUGCAUUUCGUUGUCGUCGGUGGUGGGCCUACUGGAAUCGAAUUCAGUGCAGAGUUACACGACUUUAUCGUGGAAGACAUGGCCCGAUUGUAUCCACAGUUGAUGACAAAAACGAGAAUGACCGUCUAUGACGUUGCUCCAGAAAUUCUUGGAUCAUUUGACGUCGGGCUUCGCGAAUAUACCACGAAAAAAUUCAUGAGAAAAGGAAUACGUAUUAAGACUAAGCGUAAAGUGUUGAAAGUUAACGAGAAAACGUUAGUUAUCGAAGGAGAAGAGGAGGUACCAUACGGUCUGCUAGUCUGGGCGACCGGCCUGACAGACAAUCCUUUCACUCGAGCGGUCGGUGAUCGAAUAAUGAAGGAUAAGUCUGCCAAACGACUCUUAACAGAUCCUUAUCUACAAGUACUAGACAAAGAUACCGGAGCACCGAUAGAGAAUGUAUAUGCCCUCGGAGAUUGUGCGACGAUAAAAGAUUACGAUUUACCUGCUACAGCGCAGGUCGCGAAUCAGAAGGCGGUCUAUUUGAGAAAGGCGAUUAAUAAACUCGGACGAGACCCGUUGGCUGAAGUCAAGCCAUUCAAAUUCUUUAAUAUGGGAAGGUAA